AUGUCCUCUAUAGACCAUGUUUUAGUCGUCGAAAGUGCUACACAAGAGCAUCUCGUCAAUAAUUUCGAUUCAAAUUCUAUGCCAUCAAGUACACCAACAUCUUCAAACAUUUCAGAUAAUAACGGAUUAAAAGAAUCAAAGUAUUCCAAAUUUUUGCAAGCCACAAUCAGCAAAGAUAUCGAAACGCAACUAUUUUUUGAACUUUAUGGCAAUACGAAUAAGAAUAAUAAUUCACGUUGGCUUCAAACAAAAUGUUUUGUCCUUGCCAACUUGCAAUAUGGAUUCACAAAACCAGAAGAGAAUACUUAUGAUCGUUAUGUUAUGCAUUUAAUUGUUAUGAUGAGAUUUGUUUUCGAUGAUCAAAUUAAAGCUAGAACAUCGACUUUUGCUGCUUUCUACAAUUCUCAACAAGAAUCAAAAGACUAUCCGCUAUAUGAAAAAGAUAGUACAUUUUAUAUUAAUUAUCUUUUUUGUUGUCUGCUCGACAUUAAAGCAGUAGAAGGUGACUUUUUCUUUGAAGAUCUAGUUUACUCUGCAUUUCCACGUGGACGUGAUAUGUUAUUGUAUAAACGAAAAAAAGCAAACCCCCCCUCAAUUAAUAGAAAUAUAGAUUUGUCCAUGGAAAAAAUGCAAAAAUUUUUAUUAGAUUUUGAAAAAACAGAAUAUAUGGAUGAGCACUUAACUUUUAAAAAAAAUAAAGUCAGCAUCUUCAAUUAUGAUUUUAAAAAUGAAGAGUUUAUGAAUAGAUAUAGUGAUAAUCGACUCGCUCAGAAGUAUGGAAUAGAGAUGGUUGGACUCGAAAUAAUGAAAACAUAUACAUUCCUCAUGAAUAGUAAAAAAUCCAAAGAUCUUAUGUUUGAAUAUAACAUUUGGAAUGCCGAUGGUUUUGAAGAUGUGGUUUUGGCUAUUAUUAAAGGCCGUACAGUUAACAUUGGAUAUACUGUACUAGCUGAUAAAUUUUUUGGCCUGGAAAAAACAAUUAACUCAUUUUUGUUCCGGUUUCAAAGAGAAGCGAGUCAUAGACGACUCUAUCAACCAGUAGAUUAUUACUUUAUUGUUUUUUCAAUUUUUUUAGGAUUUCUCACAAUAUUGCAAACGUUGACAGGAAUAGCAUCCUUAAUCCUCCAAAUAAAUUCAAUGUAA